AUGGCAGCGACGCCGUUCCGCGAGACGCGAGCGAAUGUGAUCGAGCUCGAAUCCGGCGAGUUCGUGCUCCUCCUUUCCCUCUCCACGCUCCCCAACACGCAAUUAAUCUCCAUCGAUCCCGUAACCGGCGCGCUCCGUUUCGCGAACCGCCCCGGCCUCGACGUUUUCCGCACCGAAUCCGACGCGCUCUUCGCCGCGACACACUGGGAAUUCGCAUGGAACGAGUUCCUCUCCGCGCCCUUCCGCGCGCUGGGGGGGCUGCGCGCGCACGCGGGGGGCUGCGCGGUACUUCUCCAGGGGUUUGCGGAGCUGCGCGCGUUCUCCGACGCGAACGCGCGCCUGGCGCACGUGGUGUCCCUGGCGCGGCGGAGCAGGCUGCAUCCAGGGACGCGGUACCUGGCGCGCGGAAUCAACACAGCUGCCGGGACAGGCAACGAGGUGGAAUGCGAGCAGAUCGUGUGGGUCCCUCCUCCACCUGGAAACCUCUCCUCUUCAUCUCCAGGACAGCCGGGACCUCCAGUGGAGUAUUCAACGUUUAUCUGGCGGCGGGGGACGGUGCCCAUAUGGUGGGGGGCGGAGAUCAAAUCGUCUAUCCAGGAUGCAGAGAUAUUCGUAGCGGAGACUCAGGCGGAAGGGAUUGCUCCGUACUUUGCCCGCCUGCUACGUCGCUACUCCCCCUCCUCUCUCUCCUCUGACCCCUCCUCCCCUUACUCCUCUCACUCCUCUCGCUCCACCUCUCAAUCCUCCUCUCAUCCCUCCUCUCUCGCCGCCCUCCCGCCACCCCGAAAGUUCCCCAUAGUCUGCGUGAACCUCCUGCGCAUCGGGGUCGGCAAACCCGAGCUUCUUCUCUCCGACCACUUCCAGCAGGCCGUCCGCUCCGCACGCUGCCGCCCGGAGCUGCGGGCGGCGUCGCUCGACUUAUUCACGUACGACUGGCACGCGAUGACCAGGGCGGUGGGGGAGGCGGCAACUGUGGAGGGGCUGUGGCAGCGGCUUAAGGUGUCUCUGCAGGGGAUUGGGUUCACCCUGGGGAGGUGGCACCCGGGGGAGGUGGCAACUGGAUCAGGAGGAGUGGCAGGUGGAGGGGGGACGUUCGGUGGAAGAGGGGCUGCAGGUGGGGGAGGGGCGGGUGGGAAUGCAGGAGGGGGAGAGGAAGGGGGAGUGGGCGAGCAGCAGGUGAUAAAGAACGUGGGGUUGCAGGGGGGGGUGUUUGAGGUGGUGAGGCGGCAGCAAGGCAUGGUGCGAUUCAAUUGUGCUGACUCUUUGGAUCGCACCAACGCUGCCAGCUUCUUUGGCGCCCUGCAGGUGAGGCAGCUUGAAAAGGUUUUGGGGCCGUGCAGGUGGGACAGGCAGAGUAGAGCAUGUGCUUCAAGGGACAAAUUUGAGGUGGUGAGGCGACAGCAUGGCAUGGUGCGAUUCAACUGCGCUGACUCCCUCGACCGCACCAACGUUGCCAGCUUCUUUGGCGCGCUGCAGUGCCAGCACCUGGGAAUAUCCCUGGAUGCCGCAUGGGCUAGAGGAGGUGGAGCAGGAGGGGGGUUGGGUACCAUGCCAGGCAGAAGCACAGGAGGAGCAGCAGUCAGCGGAUUUGGGAGCGAGUUUUCCCAGUAUUACAGCGCAGCGUUUGGGGGAGGGGACGGGGGAGGAGGAACGGGAGGAGGAGGAGCAGGAGGAGCAGGAGGAGCAGGAGGAUGGAGUGGAGGUGCUACCAGGGCGCCAACACAGGAGGAGGAGGAAGACGCACUAGCAGCAGCGCUGCCUCCCGGGUGGGAGAUGAGGAGAGACCCGUCCCGCAGCAAGGUGUUUUACAUAGACCACAACACCCGUAAAACCACCUGGACCCACCCUUGCCCGCCCCCUCCUCGCGCCGCCACCUUCCCCACUUCCUCCUCCUCCUCCUUUCCCAAUUCGCAGCAGCAGCAGCAGCAGCAGCAGAUUCAGCACCCGCUGCUCCCCUCCACUCUCUCUCACGCCUGGGCCUCUCUAGACAUGAGUGUGAGGGAAUUCCAAGCCACGGUUCUCCCAUCCGCCGUCACAGCCGUCGCAGACCUCUUCUCAAUAGCCGGCGACGUGCACGCCACUCUCUACACCGGCUCUCGGGCCAUGCACUCCCACAUCAUCCACAUCUUCAGCAGCGAUCCUAGCAAGGCCAAGAAAGGUGCCGCUGCCAGCGCGACAAACAUCGGAAUAUCCCUCCAGAGGAGGUUUUUGAAUCUGGUUUGGGAUGCUACCAGGCAGAGGCAGCUGGAGGUUUUUCUCGGGCUGCGCCGGCACAAGUAUUUUUCCUUCGCGCUGCCCGACCGCCCGCUUCUCACCGUCUCCCUGCCGUCCUCCGCCGGAGGAGGCUCGGGGCACGCGCAUGUCCUCCGGCCGGUCCCGAGCCUGUUCCCGAGUCUGUACCGGACCGACGCGCUGAUCAGUUCGUAUGGUGCCGGUGCUGCCGCCGGUGCUGGUGCCGGUGGUGCUGGUGCGGGCGGUAAGGGGAUGGUGUGGGUGGUACCGGGGUGGGUGCCACUGGUGGAGGUGCAUGUGAGUGUGGCACUGCCCUGUCAUGUGACCCACGUGCUGCUCACUGUUGCCCAUGGGGCUGAUGACUCUCUUGCUCCGCCCCGCUUCGACGUGCGUGUGGGAAGGACUAUCGACUCCCUGCAUUUAGUUGCUGAGGGCCUCACCAUCCCGCGCUGCGCCACCGGCACAGUCCUGCAGUACCCCCUCCCUGCUCCCAAGCCCACCCGUCCUUCCGCUCCCACUCCUGCUUCUGCUUCUGCUGCGGCACGCAAGAACGACGAAUCAGGGGUGGUGACUGGGGGUCCUUUGGGCUACGGCAAAUCUGGGUCUGCAGCAGGCCCUGUGUUUGUGGAGGGCUACAUGGGGCAGCAGGCCAGUGGGUAUCAGCAGCAACAGCAAGGAAUUGGAUAUCAGCAGCAGCAGGGUGUGUAUGAGAGGGGAGGGGCAGUGUCCUCGUCUCUGCUGUACGACUACUCAGAGGAGGGCGAUGGGAGAAUCGACUUCUUGACCCGCUUUGUCUCGCUCACCUUCUAUCCGCCCGCUGCUGCUUCUGCUGCCUUUGGUGGUGCCAGCGGCGGUGGCGGUACCGGCAGUUCGGGUUCCCCCAUGACUCUUGGACAGAUCGAGGUCCUAGGCAUAACGCCCACACGCCAUGACUUUCAGCGCAUUCCCUCCGUCUCUUCCUCCUCUUCUGCCGCCCACCGUGCUUGUCCAUCCAUCCUCUCCCUUCUCCCCUCUCCUCCUCCUGCUGCUCCUACCACCGACCCUACUGCGCCUGCUGCUCCUAGUGGUACAGCCACUGCAGAUGAUGGUGGUGCUGCUGCUACAGCCGCUACAGCUGCUGCUGCACCGACAGCGACAUGGAUGCCAGGUGGCGGCUCGCCAUUGGCCAAUCUUAUGGACGAUGCUAUUCCAAUGCAGCCCCCUCGCACUGCCGCUCUCGCUUCCUCACACCCCACCACACACCCUUCUCCUCCUCCUCCCGAACCUCGGGAUUUUCUCGACUUCCAGUCACUUGAUGCGCCAGGCUCGGCUGCACCAGCGUCUUUGUCUGCUUCUGGUGGAGGUACAACUGGACAGGUUGAUCCGUUCACUUCUGGAUUCACCGACCCUUUCGCCGAACCUGCGUCCGUACCUGGCUCGGCAGCCCUGGGAUCUGCUGCCGAGGCUGAUCUGGUAGGCUUGGUGGGAGGGCUAAGCAUGGGAGCAAGUGGAGUGGGACUGAGACCAGGAGCAACAGGGACGGGAGCAGGGAUGAGUGUGAGCCAACCAGGGGGAUGGGAGUCUUUUGGAGCUUCUGAUAGUGGGGGCUUCCAAACCACUAGUAGCACCAGCAGCAGUGCUGACAAUACUGCUUCUAAUAAUCCUUUCGGUGUGGCCAGUGCUGCAGACAGCAGCAAGCAACCGGGUGGGUGGGAAUCGUUUGAUACGAGCACAACUUUUAGUGGCACUAAUGCCAGCGGCACCGUGGCGAGCAGCAACAGCAGUCAGCCUGGUGGGUGGAUGUCCUUUGAUGCACCAGCCCCAAAUAUAGCAGUAACAGCAGCACCAGCAGCGCUGACAGCACCAGCACCAGCACCACCAGCAGCAGCAGCACCACCACCAGGAGCAGCAGUAGCCGCUCCAUCUACUGCUGCUGACCUUGAGUGGGCCUCUUUCAAUCCUCCAGCAGUCAGCCAGCCAGCAGCUGCCACGUGGCACCCUCUCAUGGCAUCAGAAGCUGACUCACCAUCGUCCCCACCUCACAGCCCAGAACAGCUCGAUCAAAGGGAGCAGCAGGGGAGUGGUAUAUCCGCUUCCCAGCAGGGGAGUGGUAUAUCCGCUGCCCAGCAGGGGGGCGGUAUAUCCGCUGCCCAGCAGGCACCAAGGCAGCAGGAGAGCUAUACAGGAGUCACUUUUGAGAAUUCUCAAAAGGGCGGUGUAUUCGAUUCGCUUCAAGGGAAUGGUGCUGGUUUCCAGGGAAGGGGGGGUGUGGGUUCGCAUGUGACUGGAGCAGGCUCAGCAGUGCGGUUACAGGAAAGGGAAGGGGAACCAGGGAGGGGAGGAGCGGAAGGGGCGAAAGAGAAGGAGCGAGGGGAGGAGAGGGAGGAGGAGGAGGAGGUGGAGAGGAUAGUGAGAACAGCUCAAGGGGUCAGUGAGGACGUGUGUGAGCAAUGGGGUGCGGCUGCUUAUGGGCAGCUGCUACGAAAAGUUUUGGUGCCCAAGAAGCAACUCCAGUCCAUCGACUUCCCAACAGCCAUGGAGCUUGAAAUUGCUCGCCUGCGCCUCUCCCUCUCCUCCUCCCAACGAGACUCCAUCCUCUCCGCCCUCCUCUCCCCUUCCCCCUCCUCCACUUCCUUAUCCUCCACCUCCUCCUCCUCCCUCUCCCCCUCCCCCUUCCUCCCAACAACCCCCGCACCCCUCCUCGACCCCAAUCGCCACGUCAGCGUGCCCGACGCGCUGCUGUGCCGCCAGCUGGCUGCCAGCCUGGCAGGCGCGUGCCUCACUGCGAGAGAGGAUGCUGAGAUAGGGGCGAUGGGGUUCAGGGAGAAGGGAGGAGGGGGAGCAGGAGGCGAAGGAAGGGAGGGAGGGGAGGGGAGGAGCAAUGAGAGGGUGGGGGAGGAAGGAAUACAAAGCGGUUCUAAUGGCAGAGGGGAGGGGGAGCAGGAGUGUGACUGGUGGAGAGGAAACGGUCUAUUGGAGGGGUUGGGAGAUGAGAGAUAUGAGGGAGAGGAAGGAGAGGAGGGGAAUGAGGGACAGGAAGGAGAGGAGGGAGAGGAGGGAGAUAAGGGCAACUUGGGUUCGGUGCGGGAGGCUCGGAAAGCAGUGGCACGGGACGAACCAGUGGCCAGACCUCGGGAGGCGGUUCAGACGAUGUGGACAUGGAGGUUCGGCGGGGCCUCCCAGCCUGCAGCUGGUGCCGCCGGCGGGCCUGCCGAGCCUGCCUGGCAGGUCCGGGAAGCGGGUUUCUCGCCGGGGCUAGCAGCAAUGGGAGCAUCACUGGUUCGGGUGGCACUCGGAGCAUCAGCACCAACAGUAUCAUCAGCGUGGGUGGUAACAGCAGCAGCAGCAGCAGCAGCAGCAGCAGCAGCGGCGGCGGCGGCGGCGGUAUUGGUGGUGGCUUGGUUGCAGGCUCGGCGGCGGCGCGACAUGCUCGGGAGAGCCGUGGCUGAGGCUCGGGACUGGGGCUGCGCUGGUUUGGACGGAAUGAGGAGCGGGGGGAGGGAAGAUUUUGGAGGGGAGAAGGGAGAAGAGAGGGAAGGGAGGCGAGGGGGGGCAGGGAGAGAAAGGAGGGAUGGAGGGGAGUGGCAAGAGGCGCCUGUGGUACCAGUGAUGUCGAGAGGAGGAGGGUAUGGAGGGGAGGAGGUGUCUCUAGCAGAGCUACCUCAUGCUGGCCUGCUGUUCUCAGUACGUGCUGGUACAGGGGCGGUUGCUGGUAUGAAGGCAGGCAUUUGUAUUGCGGUUGGUGUUUUCCCUAGGGUAGCAUCCCCCCCUUCCUUCAAGAAUUGUGAGUCGACUCAAAUGUCCCCCCCUCCAUCUCUCACCUACACGCAGGUCAACACAUGCGCCUCAGCAGCCCCCGCCAACUCGCUCCUCCUCCCCGCCUCCGCUCCCGCCCCUCUCUCCCCUGUCCCUCACCUUGACACUGCUGCCCCUUCCCUCCAUCUCUCACCUACACGCAAGUCAACACAUGCGCCUCAGCAGCCCUUGCCAACUCGCUCCUCCUCCCCGCCUCCCCUCCCGCCCCUCUCUCUCACAUCUGGCAAGCCCCCUCGGAUCUCACUGCUGUGGAAAUCGCCCUCGUCCCCACAGUGCAUCCGCAGCCCCUGCCAACUCGCUCCUCCUCCCACCCUCCUCCCUCUCCCCGCUUUCUCACCUCUGCUGUCCCCUCCACCACCCUCCUUCCCUCGCACACACGUGCAGGUCCCUCGCCCCCACAGGUCCCCACAGACAGAUGCGUCAGCAGCCCCGGCCAACUCGCUCCUCCUCCCACCCGCCUCUCUCUCCACGCUCUCUCACGUGUGGCGAGCCCCCUCCGAUCUCACUGCUGUGGAAAUCGCCGUAGUGCUCUCCACGCCCGCCCUUGUGUUUCACCUCUACUGUCUUCCCCCCCCCCUCUCCUUCCCUCGCACACACGUGCAGGUCCCCUCAGAUGCGUCAGCAGCCCCCGCCAACUCGCUUCUCCUCCCACCCUCAACUCCCACCUCUUCCUCCCCUCUCACCUCCGUGUGGCGAGCCCCCUCCGAUCUCACUGCUGUGGAAAUCGCAAUCGUGCUCUCCACGCCCGCGCUUGUCUCUCGCGUUGUGCUGCACUCGGGCCUGCCUCAGUACACGCCCCAUCACACCCCCAAGGUCCGUAUUUCCCUCAGCACCACCAUCGACCAAUCAGAGCGCACCACAAUAGGCCUCUGGGACCUCCCCUCCACCGCCGCUGCCGCCCGUUCCGACACCAAAUCAAAUCCACACUCCGAGCUGAUCUUAUCCUACACCCUGCCCGCCGCCGCCGCCCCCUGCCGGAUCAUCUGGCUGAAAUUUCUCCUGCCCGAAAUCCGCCAGCCCGGCACUACAGCAUCCUGCAUCUGGGCUCGCAGAAUCCGCGUUUACGGGCAGAAAAUAUUUGGUGACCCGGCAGGAAUUGAUCCCGCGACCUCCAGUGGGGCUGCUGCUGUGCCCAUGGGAGCAGUCGUUGGUGGUGCCCCUGCUGCUGCUGUUGGGACUUUGGGGCCUGCAGGUGCUGCUGGUGCUGCUGGUGCUGUGGGUGCUGUGGGUGCUGCUGCUGGUGGCACGAGUAGGUGGGAGUAUCAGCAGUUUCUGGAGGCCCCAGCACCAAUGAGCCGAUCGCGGACCCCUGUGGAAGGGGAGAGAGUGUGGGCAGGAGGAAGGAUCCUGGAACUUCUUCUGCCACUCUCCUCUCCUCCAAUCUCGGGCAUCCGACUAGACGCGCUCCCAUUGGACCGCUCCGCUGGGAUGUUUCUUUCGCUGCCCGGGGCAGCGGGCGGCGGCCCGCUGGCUCGGGCGGCGCGGGGCGGGCUCAUGGAUGAGUGGGCGGCGUUUGUCGUCCCGUUCCGGCUCAGGGUAUCGGCUCGGCAGGACUCUUUUGGCCCUGCCACGAUCAUCACGGAAUUUAUUCUGCCCGCUGCCCGGCCAAACACGCCGCUCUACUUCGACUUCUCUCGACCAAUCGCAGGCAUCAGAAUCCUUUCCAUUGAGCUGAUAGGCGAUCUCUAUUCCUCCAAAGAAGAUGCCAGCACCACCACCACCACCCCUUCCUCUACCUCCUCUUCCUCCUCUCCGUCCCCUGCUCCUGUGCAAGUCAAGAAGCGGCGCAAGCAGAAUCUGGCGGAUAUCCUAUGGCGGCGACCGGCGUGGGGGCAAGGCAUUAGAGUGGCGAAGCGGCAUUGGCAGGAAGGCACCUUCUACGAAGUUUCGCGAGUUCAAAUAGCCAAGACGGGACGCACAGCAACAGUGUGGGGGAUAUUUCACCAGGAGGGUGAGUGUAAUGAAAGGGAGUGGGACCAGAGGCUGGGUUUGGAGGCCAAUCUGUGUGUCAAAGUCAUUCAUGAGCUGGUUGUGCUGCGGUCUCCCUCUCUCCUCUUCCUCUCCUCCCUCCCCCAGGGGUUCCAGUGGCAGCAGAGGCGCGCAUAG